AUGACCGAAAUCGCUGUACCAAGCAUCAGUUUGAAGGAGGACAGCCUGAAAUAUGGCGAGGACGCCAAUCCCCACUCUAGUGACGAGACGCUGUGUUCACCCAAAAAAGAAGACCUGGGCGAGUCUUCCGAUAUCCAAGUCGAGAUCGAGCACCUCGGCGACGACUCAACCUGCAAUUCUGACGCAGAUGAUGCUCAGUUACGCGCGUUGAAAAGGCGGUCUGUGUCUCGUGUGACCUUUCGGUCCAGGGUCCGGAUAACCUCUGGCUUCAAUCACCACCGCCGUUCUUCCUACUCUCGACGAACCCAGAGCUGCAGCAUUCCAGGAUUCACUCCAGACUCGUCUCGAUCAUGCUCACCCUCCUCAUCAAUAUCGGCCCCUCUCAGAUUUCAUUCAGAGGAAUCAGAGGCCAGGCCAGGAUGGGGCACACUUGGCCAACGUGUUGCGCUGUUCGCACAGAGGAGCGCUCAGAAACGCCAGCUACGAGCGCAGUCGAAACAGCAAGCUAGGGCUAGGCGGGCGUACUCCAAGCCCUGCUAUGCUGAAAUACAAGCCAACGAAAACACGCCGUUACUCGCCGCGGGGGGGAUGUACGGAGCCGGCGGCUACACAUGCCAAUGCGAACGGUGUCAAAAGGACGAUGAUACCGCGACUUGCUGGUCUACGGGGUUACUGGACUACCAGCGGUGGUGGCAUUCCGUCUACCGCCUGAUGACUUGUGGGUGUUUCGACGACUCUGACGAAGAAUGAGCUAUUCUGCAAACACAAUGCGCGCAGUUUCUCUUGCCCAAGGGGCAGGUAUUUUACAUGUACACAUUUAUUCUAUCUCCCA